UACGUAAGUGCGUGUCCACGUAACUGCUUGGCUGCGUGCCUACGGGCUUUCGCCCUGGCGUGCUGCGUACCUCCGUGUGCGUACGUAACUACGUGCGUACGAGCCGGCGUAUGCCCCGCAAAAAAGGAGCGGCAGCGUCUGUGCGGGUGCGUCAGGUGAGGGGCCGCCGGCGCCCGGCACCUGUCAGCGGUUCCUGUCAGCGGUUCCUGGUGUCGGGCCGCGGCGAUGGCGGGACAGCCACGACGCGGACCGGGCGCUCUGUCCUCUCUCGCUAUCCCCGCCCUCCUCUCUGAGGUCCCCAACGACUCCAUGUGAUGGACACGUCAUCCUGACCGCCGGCCCCUUCCUUUGUGCCCGUCAGCUGACCGUGUAGUGACAGAGGAGGAAGAGCCAAGGCUCUCUGUUCCCCCACUGUCCAGGCCUGGUGAGGCCCAAGGCGCUCUGGGGAGAUGAAGUUCGGCUGCCUCUCCUUCCGGCAGCCUUAUGCAGGUUUUGUCUUAAACGGGGUCAAGACCCUGGAGACGCGUUGGCGUCCUCUGCUGAGCAGCCACCGGAACCGUACCAUCGCCAUCCACAUUGCUCACAGGGACUGGGAAGACACCGCAUGGAGGGAGCUGCUGGCGGAGAGGCUUGGAAUGACCCCUGCUCAGAUUCAGGCCUUGCUUCUGGAAGGGGAAAAGUAUGGCCGUGGCGUGAUCGCUGGGCUUGUUGACAUUGGGGAAACCAUGCAGUGCCCAGAGGACUUAGCUCCUGAUGAGGUUGUGGCGCUGGAGAAUCAAGCUGUACUGACCAGCCUGAAGCAGAAGUACCUCACCGUGCUUUCAAACCCCAGGUGGUUACUGGAGCCCAUACCCAGGAAAGGCGGAAAGGAUAUCUUCCAGGUAGACAUCCCAGAGCACCUGAUGCCCUUGGGGCAGGACGCCUGGCGAGUGUGGAAGGUUACCGAGAAACCGGCUAAAUCGUGACCCAUCGACUGACUGUCAUGCUGCAGACCUACAAGCCAGGUUCAGUCUGAAUCAGCCCUGCCACUGUGUGCUGUUCGUGGAAACAGGUCUCUCCACUCAGAUGCAGGGGACAGGGCAACGGGACUUUCCUCGUGAGAUGCCUGUCUGGGCUCGCCGGCAGUCUCCAGGACUUCGACGUUCGGGAUAAAGGGGAAGCGGCCAGUAAAUGUCUUGGUGCCGCCACUACUUGAGUCCUGACUUCCGGGUCGUACAGAGACAUAGGUCUGAAGACGACCGGUUCGUGUUUCCUCCUCUCGUUGUUUUGCUCAGAACUCAUAGGACGUUUGAACAGCAUCCAGGGGACCUUGUGGGAAGGCUGGGAGCGGGCGCUAAAGGGGUGUGCAGGGGUGGCCAGCCACGGGUGCCCCCGUUCACCAUGACGACAGCAUCAGACUGAGACACAGCAUCCGUCUGUUCUUACAAAUGACUCUUGCUCUGUUGUCAAAGCGUCCCUUGGCCCAUGAAGUAUGCGUGUUUGACACAUCCCACAGCUAGCUACUUCAUGGCCAAAGGAAGGAUCCUAAAUACAGCACCGAUGGGAAAAUGA